CGAGGGGUGGGAAGAAAGAAGGCGGGUGGGUAGCAACAGUUGCCCCGGUGAGGACGGAGCGCCAUAGCCACGGUAGUCCUGGCGACAAGAACCCAGCAACGCGAAUCAACAACAACAACAACCCGAUUCCUUAAAAAAACCCAACACCAAAAAUUACCGGGGAAAAAAACCCAGCGAAACAUAGAGUGACGGUGGAGAGCCCUGGUCCUGGCAUGGCAAGUCAGGCCUACGUCUCAGAGCUGCAGGGGGGACAGUCCCAGUCGCAGCCCGCUCCAACGCAGUACGUCACGGACACGUCCCUGCCAGCCCCCCCGCAGCCCCCGGCAGUGCAGAAACAGGCCCCCCCUCCUCCCACUCAGGCACAGACACAGGCAGCCCCACCUCAGCAAACCCUGCAGUACGUGAGUGAGGUGCAGAGCGCAUCACCCCAGUCCAGCUCCACACAGCCGUCCCCACAGUACAUCGUUGUCACUGUCACCGAGAGUACCCUGAGGCCCAGUGAAACAGUGUCGGACUCCAGCUCCCCCCCCACAGUGGUUCAGACUGCCGUUCCCACUCAGGUGGUGCAGCAGGUCCAGGCCUCCCAGCAGCGAUUGCUGGUUCAGGGGGGGAUCUCUGUGAAGGGCCAGGCUGUCCCCUCUCCUCUCCAGCAGGUUUCUUUGCCGCCGCAGCAGCAGCAGCAGCAGCAGCGUCUGAUUGUCCAGACCUCGUCUCCCACUGGGAAGGGUGGACAGGUGUCCACGCUGUCUAUCCAUGGAGUCCAGCAGCAGCAGCAGCAGGUCCACUCUCCUCCUGAGAGGUCAGUGGUCCAGUCCACAGCGCCGACCCCUAAGCCUGCUCAGGUGCAGCAGCUCACUGUCCCGGGACUGCAGCAGGCCCAUGUGUCACAGGAGGUGCAGCAAUUGCAGCAGGUCCCAGUGCAGCAUGUCUACUCAAACCAGGUUCAAUAUGUAGAGGCAGGAGAUGCCAGCUACACCACCAGCACAAUUCGCUCCAGCAGCUACCCCUACUCUGAGACCCCCUUAUACAGCCAGAGCGCGGACCCCCCCUAUUACGAGUCUGGGGGCUCAGGGUCACAGGUCAGCACCCCUGUGACCUCUCAGGCCGUGCCCAGCGCCAGUGGGGCAGUGCCCAUGUAUGUGUCCGGGGGGCAGAUCGUAGCCAAUCCCAGCACAGCAGGGGCGGGGCCAGCGGCGGGGCAGGGAGGAAACACAGCGACGGCAGUGGCAGCAGGAAGCUACGUCAUCCAGGGGGGGUACAUGCUGGGCAGUGCCAGCCAGAGCUACUCACACACCACCCGGGCAUCUCCUGCUACUGUGCAGUGGCUGCUGGAUAACUACGAGACUGCGGAGGGCGUGAGUCUGCCCCGCAGCACGCUAUACUGCCACUACCUGCUGCACUGCCAGGAGCAGAAACUGGAGCCCGUCAACGCAGCAUCAUUUGGGAAACUCAUCCGAUCAGUGUUCAUGGGGCUGAGGACCAGGAGGCUGGGCACCAGAGGGAACUCCAAGUACCAUUACUACGGGCUGAGGAUCAAAGCCAACUCCCCCCUGCUCAGACUGAUUGAGGACCAGCAACACCUGGCCAUGAGGCAGCAGCCCUUCUCUCAGAAACAGAGGCUCAAGCCUGUGCAGAAGGUGGAGGGGAUGGCAAACGGCAUGUCUCUGGGGGGGCAGCAGCAGCAGGGCUCGGGCCUGUCAGACAUCAGCGCUCAGGUGCAACAGUACCAGCAGUUCCUGGAUGCCUCCCGCACUUUGCCUGAGUUUGCAGAGAUCGACCUGCAGGGGAAAGCACUGCCUGAUGGGAUAGCAAUGGAGCACAUCAAGGCCUUUCACCUGCUGUACCGCGAGCACUGCGAGGCUAUCUUGGAUGUGAUGAUAAACUUGCAGUUCACUCUGGUGGAGACACUGUGGAAAACAUUCUGGAGGUUCAGCGAGAGCCAGCCCAGCGACAGCACACCACUCCUAGUUCAUGAUGAGUCUGAGAAGAGGCUGCCGAAGGGCUGUCUGGUGGUCCUAUGCAAGUAUGAUCCUGUGCUGCGCUGGACCAAAGAGUGCGACAACAUGCUGUACCAGGGGCUAGUGGAGAUCCUGAUACCAGACGUGCUGAGACCCAUCCCCAGUGCCUUAACUCAAGCCAUCCGUAACUUUGCCAAGAGUCUGGAGAGCUGGCUGACCAAUGCCAUGAUGAACAUCCCAGAGGAGAUGGUGCGGGUCAAGGUAAUGGCAGCCAGUGCUUUUGCUCAGACCCUGAGGCGCUACACCUCUCUCAAUCACCUGGCCCAGGCAGCGCGAGCAGUCCUGCAGAACACAGCGCAGAUCAACCAGAUGCUGAGCGACCUCAACAGAGUGGACUUCGCCAACGUGCAGGAGCAGGCCUCCUGGGUUUGUCGCUGCAAUGACGUGGUGGUGCAGAGGCUGGAGCAGGAUUUCAAGCUCACCCUGCAGCAGCAGAACUCCCUGGAGCAAUGGGCAGCCUGGCUGGACAGUGUUGUCACACAGGUCCUCAAGCCCUACCAGGGAAGCACAGCUUUCCCCAAGGCAGCCAAGCUCUUCCUGCUCAAGUGGUCCUUCUACAGCUCGAUGGUGAUUCGAGACCUCACCCUGCGCAGUGCAGCCAGUUUCGGAUCCUUCCACCUCAUCAGACUGCUCUAUGACGAGUACAUGUACUACCUGAUAGAGCACAGAGUGGCGCAGGCUAAAGGAGAGACUCCCAUAGCUGUGAUGGGAGAGUUUGCUAACCUCGGACGUAGCUUGAACGCACUGGAUCCUGACAAGGAAGAAGAGGAGGAGGAGGAGGAGGAGAGUGACGAGGAGAGCCAGCAGGAGAUCUCCCUGCACUCCAGUGAGGUGCCAGGGCUGAGCGUGGAGCAGCUAGGGGAGCCACCAAGCAAGCUGGCACGCACUGACACCAGAGCCAUUUACACACAGGCAGCACAAAUCAACUGAGAGAUGCCCGAGCUAUCGACACACAGGCAGCGCCCAGCAACUGAGAGACAACAGAGCCAUCGACACACAGGCAGCGUCCAGCAACUGAGAGACACCAGAGCCAUCAACACACAGGCAGCGUCCAGCAACUGAGAGACACCAGAGCCAUCAACACACAGGCAGUGCAAAUCAACUGAGAGACACCAGAGCCAUCGACACACAGGCAGCUCCCAGCACCUGAGAGACACCAGAACCAUCGACACACAGGCAGCUCCCAGCACCUGAGAGACACCAGAACCAUCGACACACAGGCAGCACCCAGCACCUGAGAGACACCGGAGCCAUCGACACACAGGCAGGGAAAAUCAACUGAGAGACACCAGAGCCAUCGACACACAGGCAGCGUCCAGCAACUGAGAGACACCAGAGCCAUCAACACACAGGCAGGCAUUUUUGGAGUAGCGUGUGUCAGUGUGGAAGUGUCUGUCUGUGUGGGAUUGAAAUCUCAAGAGCCCAGUUCGUGUUGGAUUUGUCAAGAUCUUUACUCUAAAGUGCAGUUUGCACAAUUUAUCAUUUUAAUUUGUUAUGCAAUGUAGUGUCCCCCUAAUAACACCUUUCCAACAGCUACUAACAGGGCUGUCCCUUAUAAAAGUUUACCAUAGUAAAAGCCUAGCACAGUGUAAUAGAGCACAGUGAAAGCAUGGUAAAGCACAGAGGUAUGGUAAAGCGUAUUAUAAAACAUGGCAAAUCAGAGUAAACUAUGGUAAAUGCAGAGUAUAACCAUGGGAAAAACAUGGGGUGGGGGCGCUGUUAAAGUACUGUGCUAUAAGUGUUAAACUUUUAUAAGGGUGUGAGCAAAAUCCUAUGUGAGCACAUGUUGGUUUGUCUUAUUUGUUGGGCAAACACCAUGCUAGAUUGUUUUUCAUUAAAAAAAACAAAACUCAUAAUAAUAAUAAUCAUAGUUCAAAUAAACGGUGCACUCUGUGUACAGACAUUAGUAAAUCUGACUAAAUUUCAGAUUGAAACACAACACACCACACCACUCAGCUGCACACCAUUCAUUUACUCUCCCAAAAGUAGGUUAAAAUGAACAACAAACCCAAACCUUCACUGGAAAGGGGAUGAGGAAUGGUCUCUCUCCAGAUCUCGAUUUUGUUUGCAACUGGUUCACAGUCUGCUUUUCCAUGAUCUUUCCACAAGAGGGAGCCACCCGGUUCUCUGUAGAACUUGCCUGGAAGGAAAUGUGUUUUAGUGUGCAAGUUUAAGCCAUGUUAGUACAGUAUUCUGCCUUCAAAGCUUCUGUGACUGCCAAUUCCCUUUUCAAAUUGCCUGUGAAAUUAUGUUCUUAUGUUCUUAUUUGUCAUUGAAUUUAAUAUGAUUCUUGCAGGAUUCCUUGCAGCACUGUUUAGUGUCUAAUAGGUACAGAUGAAUCUAAAACAUGUGAGGCUUAAUGCAAGGGUAUUACGGAUUAAUACAUUUAUAAACAAACAAAUAAAAUAAGAAAUGUAGCUGCAAUGUUGGUAAUAUAUAGUAAUAUAUAUUUACAGUAAGUAAAUAAACAAAGUUUCAUAUAUAUAUAUAUAUCUAUAUCUAUCACACACCCCAGAGUGUCAGUUUAGCAUAACAGUGUGUUAGUCUAGACUGGGUGAUAUCAAUGUGUCAGUCUGUGUCUAAACAACAUACUCUUUUGUUCUUUGUUUUACUGUGUGAAUCAAUGAAGCGUAGCCUUUGGGAAGGAGUGAUUUACCUUUUAAUGUGUGUUUACUGUUCUAUAUACUGUAUAUGUGUGUGUAUGUGAUAAAUAUGUGUGAGUUCAAUAGCUCCUGUAUGUCUUUUCCAUUUCAUGCUGACCCCUACACCCCAUAAAAUAAAAGGGGGUUAGAAUGCUGUGGGUUAUUAUUUCAUUGCUGAUUGUCCAAGACUGUAGGUUUGUUUGUGCAGCUUAAAACAUUUCUUAACAGAGCUCUCCUAAGAGUUUACCACGGUUAAUGUGCAUGGUAAUUUUGCAGUUUUUCCCCCAUGCUUUUCCCAUGGUUAUACUAUGCAUUUAUCAUAGUGUAUCAUGGUUUGCCUUAUUUUUGUAAUAUGCUUUAUUACACUUUGCUGUGCUUUUAGUGCAGUAAACUUUUAUAAGGCUAACUUUCGAAACUGGGUUAUGAACCAUUAACUGGAAAUAAUAGCACCUCUGCAUGGUGAUGUUAAUUGACUGCCUUUCACUUGUCAAUGAGUCUUGUUUUUAAAAUAUGUUUUGUUUAGGUGUAUUUGCACCGUGCCUGUUGGAGUAACAUUUCAGCACGUUCACUCCCCACAGCAGCUGUGUUUGAACUAUUUAUACAUGACUGGAAACAUUUAGUGUGCUUGUUUAUUCAGAUGAAAAGUACUUUUUUUUAAAUGGGUUUAGGCAUGUAAAUGCUUGGCCUUUUUCUUUGUUUUUUUUCUUGCCUAUUCUUUACAGAUCUAAUGUCCAGCUGCCAGCACAGCUCUAUUUAUCCUAACCUUAGUUAAAAUGAGCGCUGUGCCUGCGAUAAGGAAAGUAAAAAAUAUAAUGUAAAAAAUAUAAUUUAAAAAAAGGAAUCUCAGAUGCUUUGAGCACUGCCAAUUUGUCUUUGAUGAUGAUGAUUAUUAUUAUUGUUAUUAUUAUUAUUCUUUUACCAUCAACACCCAGACACAAAAAAAUAAUACAUGCUAUUUUUUGUAACAGCUAUUCCACAUUGUGUUAUCUUGUGAAAAUCAACCUCACCUUUCCAAGUCUCGCUCCUUGAAACACAACAGAACAGAAUCCAUAAAACAAGUGAGGUGUGUCUCACCGUCUCUCCUAAUUCAUUUAAUGUUUAAAGCAGGGUUGGAUUUUAAAGUAAUAGCCAUACUGUAAUCAGCUGAAGUUACACUGCAUAGGUCUAAAUGAUGUGGCCUGUUGAUGUUUUAAAAGUUGAAAUAUUUUGUUUUCCAAAAGUGGUCUGCUGGGUUUGUAAAUCACAGAGGUCAAUACCAUGCUUUUUUAUGUCGGCACAGGACUCUAUAAAGCUGAGUACAAUUAAUAACUGCUCCUACCUGCAAUUCCUCAGACUCUCUCGUCUUCUUUCCAGUCCCAUCACAGUUGUAACUGGUUUGUUAAUUUUAGAUAUUCUAGUUUUUGGAAAGGGGAUAAUAACAAAACAAUGUAACGAAAUAUGUGAGUUUUAUUUGUUAUUUUAUGUUUGUAUGUAUGAAUGUAUGUAAGUAAUUAGUAACCUAUACAAAUAGACUGUGUUAAUAUUGUUGUGGGGGAAAUUGAUUAUCUUUAACCAUCAUGGCCUUACUCUUCACACUUAUUGGUGUUCUCAGUUCUGUGUUAUAAAGAAUAUAUAUAUAUAUAUAUAUAUAUAUAUAUAUAUAUAUAUAUGUAUGUAUAUGUAUAUAUAUAUAUAUAGGAGAACACCAUUGUUGCUGAUGAUAAUAAGUUGUUCAUUUUGUAUAAAUUCUUAUUCUCUGGUUUGAUUGCUUGUUUGUUUUGUUUUUAUUUCUUGGUGUGACUAUUCUGUGCAGCAGUAAAAGCGUAAUGAGAGAUU